ACUGUAGUCUACGAAAUGAACAGAUCGGAUCGUCAAAAUCUAGAAACAAUUCGACCCGUUUUGGCUUCAGGAGCAGUUUUUGUGAUUAUCUUCACGUUCCAGUUUUACAGGUUAGUAUUCUAUUACAUUUUUUCAUAUUUUUUGUUUGAUCAGCACCCUACCCAAAAUGAGCUGUGAUUUGGUAACCGGUACGUAAGUAGCCCAGCUGAGAAGAUCAGUGAUCACAGUAUGUCUAUGGUUAUCUUCUCUGUUUCAAUUUUGAUUUUGAAGCUUUUAGUUGAUUAUGAUCUUAUAAAGUUAACAAAUUUCUAUGAACCCAUAUUUUCACGUCCAACUCAAAUACCAAUACUUAAGAUCAUGUGACAUGUUGUAAGCUUACUGUAGACGUAUUAAGCUUAGUAUUAGUAGUUGAUAUUGAUGAGGGGUGUUCGUUAGAAAGGGGGUUUUUAGGGUUUGGGUCGAAAUAAUUUAGGGAGAGAUAUAUCGGUAACGAGAUCAACUAUGAAUAUCGCUCUUACUCCAUAUAAGGAAGUUGGUAUCUAUAGAUAUCUUGGAUUAUUCUUCAAAAAAAAUUGUUAUUACGUGUUUGCAUCAAUGUAACUCUAAGCUUUUUUUGUAACUAGUUGUCCCCCAUUAGUCAUUGGAAUAUGGAUUCUUGCCUUUGGAGUUGCAGUAGGAUUCCUUGUCUUUAGGUAAAGUUUGAUCAUCAUAUUCAUAGAUAUUCAAAUCUUGCAGUAAAUACAUGGUAAUAGUUUACUUAUAGUGAAUGAACAGCUGGAAAGCAAAACUUACUCGCUAAAUCUGGGAUAUGAUUUUAAAGGGCAUGCCCAAACUGAGAUGCUGAUUACCAGCACUGGCUCAAGUCUAAAGAGACCAAAGUUUCAUUUAACCAGGAAAAGGAGACCUGCAUUUUAUGUUACAAAAGAAAACUUUUAAAACUUCAAAAAGUGUUCAUGAAUCUAAUUCUUAGUUGUUACCUUAACAAUAAUUUUUUUUCUCUGUUAAGCUUCUAAGUUGGUAGUUCUUAAUGUUACUAACACUUGCAUAUCUUGACUUGUUUAUAUCCAGUUAUUGUUCAGUUUUACCCUCUGUACUACUGCACUGGGGCCCUCGCAAAAAGGUACUUGACUGUAUUACAAUAAACUGUUUCUACUUUAGGAUCCUAGUGGUAUUGUACAUCAGCCAACCGAAAGAAUGUUAGCCAUGUGUUAUUAGUUGAAUUAAGAGUGGAUAUAAAUAGUGAUAUACCUAAUAGUAUACAAAUUUAUUGAUGGUUUGUGAAAAUCUCUUUUUCUACAGUAUUAUGAAGAAGGUGAAAAGUUACAGGCAUCCUCAUCCAAGCAGUGUACCAUUUGUGGUAAUAGAAAAUGCCAACGUCACAGGUAUAUAACAACAUCAAAAAUUCUUUGUUCCUUGCAUGUCAAUUAUAUUUGAAAAUGGUAAAACAUUUUAUUGACUUACUUCAGGCACAUUUACACUUUUCAAUUUCAGAUAUAACUAAAUCCUUUGAUGUACAUAUAUUGGGUGAUAAAAAAUUAAUUUUUUUUAAUUAUCUUAUUAUUUCCUUCUUAAUGCACAAAGACCAGAGAUUUCAAGAGCCAAGCUAAAGGUAAAAGUAUCACAACUAAUAUUUCACUCUUUUUGCUCUGGCAAUAAUUAAUAAUAAUGUUUAAGGUCAACACUAUUCCCCUGAACUCUCGUGGGUAGAGACUAACAUUGCUUCUGACAUCAUGAAAAGAAUUCCAAAUGGCAAAAGUACACUUUUAGUUCUUGGGAAUGGAAUGCUGCAGCUUGGAAUGCUUCUGUCACUUAUGAGCCCUCAACUCCCAAGAUCUGAUUGUUGAUUCUCCCCUCUGGCUGCCAAACAUUUCCCUACAAAUUAGUUACAAGAAUUAUGUGUUAAAUUAAGGUAACACUUUCUAUACCUGAUAAGUUUGAGUUUUCUCAUUACCUGUUUGCUGGAUGGGGAUACUAUAGGGAGAAUUUACAAGUGAAUCAUUUCUGGAAGUCAACUAUUAAGGGAUAACUAGUAUAUUAUUCUAAACAAAAGCGAUUGGUGUGACUUAGGGAAAAUUUCAUGACUUUGAAAAGUGGCUGUAAGAUGUAAGGACCAAGGUGUUUGAAUGCAGGUUUGUUAUCACUUAAGUUAAGAUGAUCAGCAACUGAGGGAAUUAACUUUAGGUGGAUGAAAUUAUCUUCCAAUGGUAUUUCAUAUUAAAUUUAGCAACAAAGUGAUCAAAGUAAGCCAUUUCCUAAUCUUGCUUCUCUUUUAUCUGUAGCCAUGGGAAGACCUUUUUAUUCCAGAAUCUGUAGAUGCUGCAUUACAAGAGGUUUGUCAUAGAAUGUGAUUACUGACUUGUACUUAUAGAAGUCACUCAUCAGACAUACUACGUCAUUUUGAUAAGGUAUAUAUUGUUUGCUGAUUUUAUUUAAUAUGUAAUUGUAUCCUUUUAUUUUCAGUUUCUUGGUCUCUUACUUCAAAACUAUGUGUACAGCUGGUACAGGUACAUGAAUAAAUUGGCAAACUUUUUCUUAUUUAAUAAUAGAAGAGAAAGAUUAAUGUAAAAUGUAAAUAAUUUAUAUCAUAGUUUACUCUAAAGUUACUCCAGAUGAUAUUUUACUGAGUUUCCUGUCCAAUAAUCACAGACAUGUCAUAUGAUUCAAAUCCGACAUAUUUAGAGUUUAUACCCAAAUGUUUGGUUACAUUCAUAUACAAGAAAGACUAAGGUAGCAAUUAAAUAAAAAAUGAACAGUUUUCCUGCAUUUCAUUUUGAAAUUCAAUUUGUCACUAAGAGAGUUGGCUGCAAACUGGUAUACCAGUUUUGAAUCAUGCAUACAUGUAUUUAGAUUAAUUAAAAUAAAACUGUUGUUAACAAUAAUUCUGCCCUAAUUGUAUCUCACUUCACUGUCCUGUAGAGAGUUAAGCUGUAGUGAAAUAUGUGUGGAUGAAAUCCGUGCAAGCAUUAGAUACAUGGCUGCAGUGUUGUUAAAGAGAAUACAAAAGGUACAUUUCCUGUGUUACAAACUGUCAAUGAAUGUUUGAAAUGUUAGAAAAGGCAAAAAAACAACUAGCAUAGCCAUAUGACACCAGGUCUGGGAAUUCAGCCUACAAUGAGGCUAAGCAAUGCUUCUUUGCCAGCCCAAUACAUGAACAACUAUCAAUAUCUGUUCUCUCCUCAGUUUGAUCUCCCAACUUUUGUUAUUAACAAUGUUGGCAAGGAAGGUUUGAAGCAUUUAGAGAUGUAUUUGACAACAAAACAAAAAGGUAUCACCCAGCAGUGCUCUUUAUCUGUAUAGAAUAAUAAUGAUAAUAAUAACAUAGAGUUUAUAAUAGAAAUAAUUAAUUCACAAGACUAAAAGUAACUGUUUGUUGUAUUCAUUCAGUCACAGCAUCAGGCUCUGCAGCCAACAUCCAGACAGCCAUUUUAGAUCGCUUUGGACCCAAGAUGCAUUGUGCACUGCAGAGUCGUCAAAUGGAACUUCACUAUCUGAGGAAACUGUCAGAGUCUAUUAUUCCUGUUAUAUUACCUCCAAAUUCCUUGCAGUGUAGGUAUGUUGUGGCCAUAAAAUUUCUUUUUUCACCAAACCACACAGAGUACACGCGAGUAAGCAAUCCAUUGAAUAGUCUAUUAUUUAAUUUGUUUUUAAGAUUUUCUGUAUUGCUUUAACCAGAUCUUAUUAAAUUUCAGGAGUCUUUUGUCCUUACUGCGAGAACUAUUAGCCAGUGCAGUCUUUUUAACAGCAGUUGACAAACUAUCAGAUCCGGUAAGUUCACUGUUAAAAAGUUGACUGUAAUUUAUGGUCUGAUUCAUUUUAAAUGCAAUGCUAUAAUUUUAAAAUACUACACUUUGUUAUGAUAACUUAAUUUUUUUAAACUUUUCAGGAUUUUGUGAAUAACAUGCUUCUUCUACUUCUGGACAAAGAACCUGUAGGUGUUUCUUUUCAACAUGUCACAUUAUAGUUGUUGUUUAUAAAGUAUUAAAGUAAUUGUUGUUGUUUAGUUUUAACUUUGCUUUCAUGUUGGGUAAUGCUGUAAGAAGGGUUAUUCAAUUAAUUCUCAUAAUAUUAUUCAAACCAAAGUCAUGUCCAUGUCUCAGAUGGUUGCCUCAGAAGAACCACCCUCUCCAAAAGUGCCAUUACUUGCUAAGUUUGCCAAACCAAGGACUCCAGUUAUGAGCUCGGUAAGUUGUGAAUCAUGGACAUGUCACACAGGGAGGAAUUUGAUUUGUGACAGAAUUGAUACAGAUGUCACCUUUGGUAGAAAGGUCAUAUAAUAGCUGUAUCCACUAGCAUUCCUUAAUUUGGUACUGUUAUGUUAUGUUCUCUCAGGUGAAAGAGGAAGGUUCAAACUUCAAGAAUAUAUGGAGACAGAUAUUUUAAAAGUUCAGAUCCUGUCAUUGAGGCAAAAAAAAAGCUCUUGAGUCCAAGCAAUAAAUUGUGCAAAAAUUUAGCAUGUGGAAUAUAACCGCUAAUAGUUAAGUGCCUAGCACUGCAAUAUUUAGCUUUCUUUCUCUUAAAGGCAAAACAUCUUUUCUGAGUAAUGUGAGAUAAUUACAUUUGCUAGUUUGUAUGUUUAUUUUCCAGGCUCUUCAUCUUUCCAUAGCAGAUAUACUUCAUACCCAGUCCGCCCUGUUUCCUUUCAUGCAGUUUAUGAAAAGCGAAGGAGCGCUAAACAUUCUCCAGUUCUGUCUUACUGUUGGUAUGUUAAUUUCAUUUAACAUUUAGAUUUACCAACACUGUAAUUUUUUUCUAGUAAUACAACAAUGUAGCAUUAAAAAUUGUCUAUUAGAGGGUUUUUUCCAACAAUUUUGCCUAUGUUUUGUUCUACAAAUUUUGCAGAGGAUUUCAAUAAAAGAAUAUUUGCUUCUGAAGAAACAGAAGAAGAGAAAGUAUUUAUAUUAAAAGAGGUAAGAUCUGCAUGUGUCUUAAUUUAUAACCUUUUUUACCAAAUCACUGGUAUGUAUCUUUGGACACGUUUUGAGACCAUUGUUCAUCUUUGGUUACACAGGUCAGAGAAAUCUUCAGUUCAUAUUUCGAUAAUGAAGCUGUGGACAGAAUCAACUUUGAUCCAGAUAUGGUCCAGGGGUUACAAGACUGUAAGUGUUUAAACGCUGAAUUCAGCUAUAAGAAAGAUUUUUUUUGCUGGAAAUGAAACCUGACCGACCUGUUCCCAAGUUUUACUACGAAACCUCUUCUUUUAGAUAUGACGAGGUGGGGCUUGUUCACGAUCAGUAUUACCUUUUCUUUGUGUUGGACCUCGUAUUUUACAUUUAACUGAAUACAGACUUCUAGUGCGGGUGUCAGUUACAUAGUUUUUGUUCUUCUGUCUUGAAACUUUUCUCGUUUGUUUUACUUUAUUUCAGGUAUUAAUGCUCCUGUUGACAAGAUGGAGAGAUUGAAAAUAGCUUCCUUUCUGUCAAAGUAAGUUAAUUUUAAUCGUAGCAGUUGAAGCAAUUUUACGUUGGUUUGAAAACAGAUGUAUAAUUUUUUGUUGUAGUUUUGAUAUUCAGGGUUGUGUUAACUAAACACAGUCUCUGUCCGCACCAACCUGAUAAACAUUAUACUCAACCGCAUCUACAUGCUGUCUUUGUGAUUUGUUCUCGAUCGAUAUUUCAGGGCCUGUGAACAUGCUUACAAUCUUUUAGAGACAACUUUUCUGCCCCUGUUUUACCAGAGCGAUGAUGUAAGUUCUUGUAAAGAUAAAUUUAUUGAUGUCUCAUAAAUUUAUUGAUGUCUCAUAAGUUGAAACGAUGAUAAAAGUUUCCCAUUCGUAAAAGGUAAAUUUUAGCCAACCGUGAAAAGGGUGAAAAAAAAUGAAUGAACGUUUCUAGAACCUAUAACAUUUCGUCACGAAAACAAAAAUCACAUUGUGGAGGGAAUCAUUUACACGCAUUGUACCUUCGUCAGAGCGAUUGGGUCUGACGACUGGGGGCUAAACGCCACCGUAAAUCGUAAAAAAGCUGACGUUUUUUUUAGCCCUUCGUACGAUUGGUCUGACGAAUUAACGUUUUCGAAUCCCAGUUGUCAACACUAAAUUACCUGCUAUAUUCUCCCACCGACGCAGCACCACAGUUUCUUUAGAAACUUACCCCUUUAUAAAUUUCUUUUCCCUCUAAUUUGCAUUUAUUUGUUUGUUUGUUUGUCUGUAGAUACGUGCACCUUCGUAUAUAAUUCUUGUUGUCAUAGGACACAGUUGUUUGCACAAAUCGAAUAUAUUCAGCAUUGUCUUGCUAAUCAGCUUACUUUUCCUUGACAUGAAUUUGCUUUUAACCCCUGAUUUUCAACGUUAAGGCUCGAACAUCCAUUUCAAUCUGCAGUAUUUUACACUAUUGUGUGGGAGCCGAUUGCCGGCCAAACCUUUGAACAAACCGACUUCAAGGUAAAGAAACCUCUUCAAUCGCUUCGUUUUCAUUUUGAUCAACGAUAUCUCUUAUGAGUUGUCAUCUGUUUGUAACUGAAAAUGACGCUCGCCAAGUUAACUUCGACGUGUCAGAAUGAGAGAAGCAAGAUAUUCCUUUCCAUUUGUUGCAGGGCUUCAAAGAAGAAGUUUGAUCCUUUGGCCGAGUUUUCAAGGUUAGCCGGAAAGUUGAAAGAUAAAGUAAUGAAUCCGAACAAAGGUUAGUAAAAGUAAAGUGACUUUGUUUGUCGUAGGUCGAAAAGUAUUAUAAGUUGCUUUAAACAUGUAAUACGAAAUUAGGUACAUCCGAUUUUUCCAUUAUACCAUGUUUUUACUUUGUUUGUGGAACUUUUGGGGAUUUCAAUAAUUCUUGACUACAGUUUCACGCAAUAGCGCUGUAAAUUCUCCAACGUUAAUUUUUUUUAAUCAUAAGGAUACUCUUUUAAGAUAUUGACUCCACUGAAUUUUUUUCACUCCAGAUGAUUCACCGUAUGAAGAGGACCCGUUUGAUAUCCCGGAUACACCUCCGGUAACGCUCUACAACUUUUUCCCCAAAUCACUAAAUAGUGUAAACACUCUGGAAUAAAAUAUAUUAAAGUUCACACGGCAACCAGGUGGACAAUCAGACAUGGUUUGAUGCUACUCUGGUUUUGAAGUUAACUUCUUCGGUUACAUUCAUUAAAUCUGUAAACCAGAGUAGCAUCAAACCAUGUCUCACCCUGGAAUAGUUUGGAUGUUGGUUAGCAAUGUAAUGAACAACAUUAUCAUGAACACUGAUGUUGAAACGGGUAUCUCUUCUUUUAGUUUAUUAUUAUUAUUAUUAUUAUUAUUAUUAUUAUUAUUAUUAUUAUUAGGAUUUCGACUGGCAAAGUGAAGAAAGUGAAGAAGUGGAAGAGAAGGAGACACGUGACCUCAGCUUGUGGAAGAUAACGAUCCCUCACGUGAUCAUGGAAACUAAACAGGUGAUUGAUCAUUCCACAUUUUAGGCUUAGGUUAGCCAGCCAUAACUUUCGCUUUUGCCUGCAUGGUAGGAGCCUGUUUCAGGCAUUCAGUUUGUAAAUAGCACAAGCAGAGCGGCAGGGCUAAGACACUGUGGGGUCAAGUGCUUUAUUACGCGACCCAACCUCACUCGACCCAAAUCUCCUCGUUUUUUCACUCCUCCGCUACUAUCGCGCCGUUUGCUUUCGCGUUUCGUAUUGCUUUUUGAACGCCCUGGAACAGGCUACCGCUGCAAGUUAAAGCGAGCAGGAAAUCAAUUAUCACCAACCACAAAAUUUAGUGAAUGCAAAGCGGUUGACUUUCAAUUUCUAUUUUGUGACCAUCAAACCAGACCUAAAUGAAAUCUAUUGAAUAAGCAGUCUUGUGAUAGGAUUGGUUACCGUGUUGAUAGAUAGUAGAGUAAACAUUAUGGUAAAUGCUUAGACUAGUGAUAACGCUGAUGUUUUCACUUCACGUCUUAAUGUCGGUAGCUUUAAAUUACACCAGUUAUAGACAUUCUUACACGAAGCGUAAUACAUUACAUUGCUUUACAGAAGUGUAUGUUUAUUAUAUCAGUGGAAAGAGCUGAUGUAGGAGAAGGUGCGUAUGCUUUACACCUACAUUCUGUACAAUUGUCACUAUUCCGAAUCAAGGUGUUCUUAACAAUCGUCGCCUUUUCCAUCGCAAAAUUGAACAAGACAUACAUGGCAGAAUUUACUUUUACCAAACAACGAAUUUUAACCUGUCCUCAAAUGCGAUGAGAUAGCGUGUCAUCCAUUUCAAUGUGUUGUCUACGUUAAUAGUUUAUCUUCCAGUGACUUUGGCCCAGUUUACUAGACUAAUCUCAAUGUCAGAUGUUUUUUCCCCUUCUUAUGGUUUUCAUCGCUUUCGACCAACGUUUCUGCGCACUUUUGAGUCCUUCUUCCUUUUCCACCAAAUCUCUGGAUAUUUGUGUGAACUUGUUUUCUAAGCUUGCUGCUGCCUGUUGAGUUAUUUGAGUUUGUUGCAUGGACAUUUGCAACCGUAAUUCACUUUGUGAAAGUCUUCGGUCGAUGUGUGCAAGCUGGUGAUAUAAGGUUUCAAGCCGAUCGCGCAUUCUCUCAUAUUCCAUCGUCUUUCUAUCGAAGUUAAGAGCCAGGCUUUGGUUCGCUUGAUGUUCUAUCGACGGUGUAUAAAGUUUUCUAACAAUCGCCUUGUUGUAAAGCGACGCCACCUUUUGAAAUCAAAGGGGUAUUGUUUCAGCCAAAAGCGGCUUUCUUUGCAACAAAGUCGAUAAUUAGAAGACGAUAAUUAAAAGUCAAAAUUAUUAUAACUAUUACUAUUUUAAGCUACAAAUUUCAACAUGUAAACGAAUCGUUAAGAUGAAAGAUGUUAUCCAGCAAAGCGCUCUUUAUAAGGUAUUUUUUUACUUCUUUCACCUAAAUUGUAAAGUAUUUUUCCAAAGCUAUGUUCGAAGGUUCUUUCAAAUAUCCGCUCAUUCCACGGUUACUUCUCGAGUGUAACUCGAUGAUUAUCAGUGUUUCCUUUCCAGCCCUAUUCAAUUUCCUUUAGUUCAGUAUGAAACGAUAACAAUGGAUAUCAAACCAGCAUAUACCUUUGGUAACUAAUGCCUUCAAAGCAUCCCAGCUCCCCCACAAUCCGCGCGUAUUUUUCAAAGCUCUUAUUUUCAUUCGUUGUCAAUAGGACACACCUCUUUCAAAAUGGCUGAACCGCUUUCUGAAUGCGCAUAAGUGGCAACCUAUUAUAGGAGUGGUGAAGUUAUCCAAAUGAAGGAAACCCCAAAGAAUUUUAUUAUUUCUCGAAGACCGGUAAAGCGGUCUACUAUUGCUUCCGUUUUGUUGAAAACGGCGUCGAAGCUCAAGCAGCGAAUUCUAUUUCUUUUUUUUUCUGCUUUUCUUUGCAGUUACCCGAUGGGAUGUUGCACGGUAGGUUUUAAUUACUGUUUGUCAUCAGCUGCAAAGACUUCGAGCAGUCCAUCCUUUUCAGCGAAAAGCACGAGUCAAAAAGAAAUCCGUGAAAAAAACCAACGGUGUUAGCUCGCCGCGCGAAACUAUGGGAGCGAAGUGCACGCGAAAAAAGAGACUGCUCGUAGUUUAUCAGUUACCAGUUGAUUUGUAUUAAUUGAACAACAAAGAGAGGCUCAAGCUGGACAGCUGUCCUUUCAUUCUCUAGUUUGUAGUGGAACUAAACGAAUAACACGAAUUUUGACGUUUUUCACAAAGUUGAAGUUUGCGAAAGAUUCCACCUGUUUUUUCAAUUUUGAAAGUGGUGAAGGUAUUGGUGAUAUUUUUUCCUUUUUUCAGAGUAAGGUUUGCUCGUAUUCUUUUACCCUAGUUGCGAAAAGGAAAUUAUUGUGCAAGUCAUUAUACAAGGAAGCUAAGCCAUUGCAGAUUUGAUUUUAACAGUUUUAGUUGCUUUGUGAUGUUCAUUUUAAAUCCACAGGAGGUAUAAGGAAUUCUUUGUUCUUCAAAGCAAGUUACAGGAAUUUCACGGUAAGUAAUGGAGUUUAUUCCAUGUUUACUGAAAGAACCUACAGUCCACCACAUGAGGCUAAGAUUACCCUUUGGUCAGCCUGGACUGAAGAAUCUAGGCUUAUCUCGGGUUAUAUCUGUUUUGUUUCUGUUUCUGAGCAUGCGUCAACUACCCGCACAGCAACUGAGCCUCAUAGAUUUUAAACACAGAUUAGGUGAUUUUCUCAAAGUCACAGUUGUCAAUAUUCCGUCGCGAAUUGCAUGUCAGUCUCUUCUUUUACAAUCUGCAAUCGUGAAUGGCAAUAUAAGAACCACAGUAAAUCUGAUUUUGCAUUACAAAACACCGUGACAGGGCGAACCUUAGGUAGCUCUUCCAUUGGGCGUAGAUGUGGGAACAUCUAGAACUACUGCUAAUGAUCGUCCAUUUAUAGGACGCGGAAUCCAAAUCUGUUCACCAGAAAGAAGUAAAUCUUUUAAUUUUAAAUAAAGGAGACCAAACGUUGGAUGCUCUUCAAGUCAACUUGUGAUCCGUUAGUGUUCAAAGGCCAAAGAAGAAAAACUCGUAGAACUAAAUAGCGUAGGCACAUAGUCAGUUUUAUCACCCAGCCGUCGGAGAGGAGGGACACACCUUUGAGAUCCUCAAGACAAGUCGUUUUUCUUGGACGACACACUUAAAACCUCUAUCAGUAAUGCAUAUAUUUUUUUUGUAGGUUCAAUCGACGACUCGCUUCUCCCACCGAAGCGAAAUUCUUCAAAAUCAAUUUCACAGAAGAGUACAGCUAUUUAUUUUGAUGCAUGUAGAGUUCAGUUCGAGAAAUAUUUACAGGUCAGUAUGAAGCAUUAAUGAUGAAUCUCAUGGCGUGGAAUGAAUUGUUGCAAUAAUUUGUGGUUUGUCUGUUUUGUAGUAUUUGUGUUCUAAUCCGCUGCUCAAAGGGAGCGGUUUACUGUUCAACUUCCUUUCACCAGAAAAGGAAUUCAGUAAAAUGUUUGGCCCUGACAAGAUGGGCGAUAAAGCGGGUAAGUUACAUGCUGUUUUGUGCUACUAAUAAAUUCUGUACAUCAGUAACAUAAUGAUGAAUGACACUCGAAACGUCAGCUUAAGAAACUCUUUACGAUGGCCAAUUUACAUCAUAAACUCAGCUCAUAAAACUAACUACCUUAUAAUUCAACCCAUCGCGAUAGCACCACAGUUUCUUUAGAAACUUACCUCAUAAAUGAAAAAAUACAUGAAUCAAUCAAUAUAAGGAUAAGUCAUAAAGCCAUGCGAUGUUAGUGAGCAAACAGCUUGUUUGAAACAUAUGUGCAGCUCAGAGAAAUUAGUUAAUCGGAGCUAAUUAGGAAACAUGAUACAGUUUGGUGGUUCAUCAUGAUUCUCUGUCAGAAGAAUAUAAAGGACACUGUCAUAUAUUUCCAGCUUGAUUUUUUUCUAUAUUUUGUAUUCUGAUUUAUCGGUUUUUCGCUUUUCUUAGGUAAAAAGAUCAAGUCAAUGACAACAAUACUCAAAAAAGAGGUAGGCAUUGAAGAACAGGCUAUGAAAUGCUGUACAGAAAAGUGACUGACAUUCAUUCUUACACCGAGUUCUCUUUCAGUAUUCAUUUGGCGGGACUGGAUAUAACAUUUCCAUCGUGAAACUAAGUUUUUCUGAUUCUCUUUACAGAAAGGUCAAAACCUUGAUCCAUUUCUACAAUCGUUCUUAUCAUCCACCGUAGAACCAACCAAAAGGAAGCCAUUGCCAAAGUAAGUCAUUCUCUUCAUGCUGAAUUGUUUUACAGUCAUGUGACCGUAAAUGUCAGGCGAUCGUGCAAAUUAACUCUACGUGAUCACAGACUAUAAGCAGAGCCUCUUUCUUAGUUUAUCUUGUCACGUGAGUCACAAGUGGUACGCGAAAACCAGUUAUAUUACAUCUGAUUGCUUAUGACUCGCACAAAAAAAACGACUGGGCUUGCUGUCGCUUAUUCAAGACAAAAUUGCGCUGUAUUAUCGGCUUGGUAAAUAUUAGGUACUAUUUAUUGCAGGGGUCUUCUAGCUCAGUCAAGAAGAAGCGAGGUAUGCUUUCAUUUUAUACGUUAUUACCUUAUUUCCAUUUUUGCAUUCUAUAUUUGGUUAAGAAAAAACUAAAUUAAACUCGCUUUUACCAGCCUUCAAUCUUAUGUCUUUAAAGAUUUUGAAGUUUCGGUUUUGAAACCUUUUAAGCAUUUUAAUGUGUUACAUCUUGUUUGAAUUGCAUCCAGGAGGGAAUUUUUCCAGGAAGGAGAAAACCAUCGUAAGUAUUGCGUGGUUCGUAGACCCUUCUUUAUUAUCCUCGAGAGGAACAAUGAGUACAAUCGACAGUGUUAUCUAAUCAUUUGAUAUUAUUUUUCCUUUUUUUAGGGGUAGUUCGCUACGCUUGAAGGUGGAAGGUGAGCAAUUAAUCCAUAAAAUUUUACAAUCGCUUUGUUUGUUUGUUUGUUUUUUUCAUAUUUACAUGGUGUAGCUCGUGGGAUUAUAGUAGGACAUGAGUGUUGGAUAAAGCUGAUUAUCAUCGAAAUCUUUGUUGUUAUGCAGCAUCAGGGAAGCCGCUAAUAUCAGUGACUGGUGUCACCGACUACAUCCUGUUCCUCGGUAAGUCAUUUGAUCAGUUUUUUUGACUGUGGUAUUAAAAUGUCUUGGCUUGGGAUGCUUGUGUACUGCAAGUCACCCAGCCUGAGUGGUCUGAGCGGUAUAAAGGAAGUUGCAACCUGUACGACCCACCGACCGUCCAUAAUAAGUGCUACUUUUUACAUACGUGAACAGUUAAAAUGCGGGCAAAGUAAUUCAAAGGCUUCGUUAUUACGGUUCUUGUAGUUGACUGCGAGUAUGAAAUUUGGCCUUAAAGUGUACAUGAAGUACGUGGGACAAAUUAGAUUCCUUUGGUGCCAAACCACUGCGCAUGCUUUUUAGUUGGGUUUCUCGCAAUCAGUCAAGUCGCAAGUUACAUUUAAUCCAUGGCUUUGGGAUUGUGAAGAAUUAGCCAAGAAAGCAUGUGACGAUUGGUGUUGCUGCUGUAGAGAUAGUGAAAAACUUCCCUAGUGAAUUUUUACUAGUUAAACCAUUUAUUCUCAUUCUUUUUUUCCUUUUCACAGCGCAACGUCUGUUCGAUGUCCCAGCCUUGUUAUACAGUUUGUUAGUUUGUGGAAAAGUCGCAUUUCAACAGACCCUAGAUGUUUACGCUGAUAGGUGCUCAUGAAACUUUACUUUUGACAGGACAUCAGAGCUAUUCUGAAUAUGAGACUGACAUGCAUAGCUGCUAGAGCCCAUUUUGAUUUCCCCCACAAUACCGCAGUAAUUAGUCUUACUCCUCGAGGAGAGAGGCUAUAUGAGAGUGAAGUUUCUUGCCAAAGAACACAAAAUAACGGCCAAGCCUGGUAUUGAACCUUUAUUUUUCCACGCGCAGUGAAUUCGGCGCAAUACAAGAUGAGCUAACUAUUUUCUCUCAAAAAGAUAGAGUUAUUGUGAAAGAGAUGACUUCCACUAAAACGCAAAAUCAGCAAAAUCUGGUCACUCCCGUCUCCGUUACUGACCUUACCUUCUUUUUUGUAUUGCAGAUAUUUAGCUGGUAAAGUGGAUUUGUUGACGAAUGAACAUCGCCUGGUUAUGAUAAUUCAUUUACUAAGAGGUGACAAAAAUGCUGAUGUAGAUCAACUUGAUGUUUUUGAGAUUGUUUUCAUAUGAUAUGAGCUCAACUGCGAUCAAAACCUGGUGAAAAAUGCAAAGCCAAGUGGAAGAAAAUUCAACGUUUUAGCUUAAUUUGAAUUAUUUUACACACUCAAAGACACGCCUAUGACAAUUUUUUUCUCUCUCUUGUAGACGCACUUUUCUUUGAUGAAGAUCCUCCACGGUAAAAAAAAUUGUUUUUAAAAGUCAUUGUUUUUACUGAGUUUGAUUGCACGUUUGUUUGAUUACUUGGUAUUUCAUUUUAUUUCUCAUGUACUUAUUUAUCUCUAUAGUUAUUUUCGUUGGUUCGGUUGACUUCUCUCGGUUUUUUCUUAGAACGGAUACACAAAAGUUAGAAAGACGUGAAAAGACUCUGAAAGAAAUGCUCGAGUUUAUACCAGGUGUGUAAGUCAACAUACACGACACGAGACCACCCGCCAUCUGGAGUGCGUUUGGACAAAAAACACACCUCUACCUUGACUCCACCCAAAUUAUGGCUAAAUCACCUACAUUUUGCAAUGAACUGGUGUUAUUCUUAGCUUAAGUGCAUACUGUUUGUUACUUGUCUUCAGAUAUGGCCGUACGUGUUAUUGGAGCUGACAGACAUAAAACCGGGAUCACUUCAUUGUUUGAGCUCCUUCAGCAGCCAAGAUUGAACAAACAGGUUGGUGUGUUCAUUUGUGCUUUAAAAUGAAAGGAAUCCUCUGGUUAAUGAUAUAAACUGGUUUUCAGUAUUCCGGGAUAACAGGUAUUCUGCACCACGUCAUGCUUUUAAAGUAACUUGUUCCAGAUGUUCAGUCAUUUAACAACCCCUUUUUACCCAUUGAAAGAAAGAAAAUAAAGCAGCCUGACAUUAUCAGUAGAGCAACGGAAAAUAAACUCAUGAAGAGUGUAGCAUGAUUUAUCUGACUACGUUUUCUAAAACCUUUCGCUUGGAACUGAAGAAUAAUUGAGCCACAAGGCUAGUUUCGAACAUAUUUACAGUGAUGUUUGUUUCCUGAUAUAUUGUCGUUGUGUUGUAUUUUGUGUUUGUGUUUUUUCUUUUUAAAUUUCGCCUUUUAUAUAAAAAAAAGAGUUAAUUUAUGUAUGCAGAAAUGAAGAAUUGCGACAUCCAAUAAAAGCCAGAAAACAAAUAAAACUUUUCAAAUCAAGUCAGAUAGUUCAAAGUGGAUACAAGAGACGGUUCGGGAGUUAACUGAAUUAUGAACCUUAGUACCUUAAUUGUGAAGUUACUUUUUGUUUGUCUCUAAGCUGACGUACGUUCUCCUGGAUAGUUUGAUGGGAGAGAUAUUUCCAGAGCUGAAGGAGGUAUGACACUGCUUCUUUCCUUAGCAAUUUUCUCUCUUCUCUGCUGAGAGGCCAACAACUUAAGCUUAGGAAUCCCUCAAAGUAUGGCGUAGUUUUGUUAUGGACCUGGAAUUUAUUCACGUACUCGUGCUGAUUGAUUUAUGUAUUGAACGUGGAUUAAGCGCGUAUCCCAUGCCUCCCCUACAGAGUUUGGCUCUGUCCCCAAAGUCUUGCUAUUUUCUUCUGUUCAUAUAUCUAGGGGUGGAGCAAAGGCGGAAAUUUCUCAUGGAGUGAUCAACACAAUUCAAAAUAGCGUUUGUCGUGUCGGGCUGUACUAAAAAUUGUCAAAGUGGUCUUUUUGAUAAAGAAUUUAAGUACUCUUUACUGUCGGAAACAAAGAACUUAUCAGUUCGUAACAAUUUCAAUUAAUUCUUAGAACCGUUGUAUUUUAUUUUCUACAGAGUGAGUUGUUCCCAGCAGAAGAGCUCUCAAGUCGCAACUGAAUCAAAAUAUGUCAAAAACAGGAAAAUGGGUGAAAGUCAAACAAGCUGAGACAAAGUUUCUCACCAAGAAAAGAGGGAAUAAUUACCAAGCGGGGAUGAUUAAAUGGAGAUUUUAAAGCGUGUGGGCAGACCUAAAUAGUGGUUCAGGAAAAUAAGAGUAACCUUAUUUUCUAAUGUGAACCCAAGCGAAAUUAUUUCAUACGGAAGAGUAUAUUACUUUUAAACUGUGUAGAUAUGUAAGUAACAAUGAUGAAAAUUAAUCUUUAAAAGCUAUGAUAAAAUGUGGCAAUUUAUGUUUUUUAUUUAAAGUUUUACCAAAAAUGCAGGAAAGUCUUGGUAUCUAAUUGGAUAUAAUUAUUUUUUCAAAGGUCUGUGAUUGCUACUUUCAAAAUAAAUUGACAUACGAAAUCAACGCCC